AUGGGGGUUCGUCGCCCUUCUCCGCAUCAAUCCCGACCCCAGCUGGGAGCCAGGAGAAGGGACCCUCACACCGAUCGAAACAGAGCCCUUGAUGGCGCACCCGGUCGUCCUGCUGAAAGCUCACAUCCACAAAAUCGAACCAAACAGCAUGUGCCCGAACAUUUCCUUUACAAACCCGCGUUCGGGUCAUCACUUCCUAAUAGGACUUCAGAGUUGAGGCUGCGAAAGCCCCCAUGUGAUGAGAACGCCAUGAGAUCCAAGGAAUCUCUUCAUCGCCCUCAGAUUGAUCAGGCUAUGGACCUAAGAAUGACCAGUACUCGCCCGAGAGUCCAAGUUCUUUCCGCAAGGGACGGCCAACCUCAGAGAUCUCCGCAAGCGCAACACGGGACUAGAGAUUCACCAGCUGGACUCAAACUGGCACCUCGAAACGACUACUCAGCUGAAAGAAACACUUUCCAGCAAUCCGCCGAAAAGUAUGGCAGCGAAUAUCACUCUCAUGUCAGCUCGAGGUCAGAUUCUGGUAGCGGUAAUGAUUACGACUACCCGACUUCCAGGCCCUCGGGCCUCGAGGAUACCGCGAAUACAAGUAGUCAUAUUCAUUCUAUGGUGAGAAAUCCUUUCAAUCAGUCGAACGCUCCUACUGGACCGAUACACGCCGUAGACCGAAGCAGCGUUAUGUCGCCUAGGGAGUUUCCAAUCGACCAGAUGGAAUAUGGUACUGAUAUCCAGUCAAGAGUAGCAGAUGCGGGGGGUGGCAAAAGGGGUGCUGAGGGUAACAAUUUCCGCGGCCUUCAGAAGAAAAGUCCCUUCGCCGGUCUCAAAGGGCUGAAAGAACUGACACUGCGGUCAAACUCUUUUGCCUAUGCAAUGCCAGCAAAUCGCGAAACCAAAGAUUCCAACCGGAGCGCUCCAUCCUCGAAGUCAGGUUUAAGAAAGAGGCAAUUCAUUUCUCCAUCAAGCUCGCACUUCGCGUCCUCUUCCACAAAAACUCAGGAAGAAGCGGCUAGCAUCAACGAUUUGCUAAGCGUGGUAGGGGAGAAAAACAAAAAUCUGGUAGAAGACUUGGAUCAUGCCGUCAAAGAAAACCAAUCCCUGAGAGCUCAAAUCGACGUGAGUGAAACGGAGAGAAGGCGAUCCCGAGAAAGCUUAAAAGAACUUACUAGUAAGAUUUUGACCGGGAAAGCAAAACUGGAUGAAAACUUCAGCGAAAUGAAAUUCCAAGUUAGAGACCGCUUCGCACUAGAAAAAAGACAAUCUGAGCUUUCCUCACAAGAGAUAGGCUGUCUUCGAAAAGAAAUCCACGAAUCUCUCGAAGCUUUCCGCAGUCUUCACGAAAAAUCAAGUAUUCAGGAUGAUGAAAUCGCCGAACCCGAAGGUCUUCGUAGUAGCUUUCAAGAUGCACGCAAAGCAAUCAAUGUUGCCAAAGAAGUAGAUGAAGAUCGGAAGAAAAAACAAAUGGUGAUUGAAAUUCUGCGCAAGGAGGCAAGUAAAUCGCGCAUCUAUUUGCUCGAAAUAUCCCGCUAUGAAGUGGAACUUGAGAAUUUCAGUGGUCAUCAAUCGAUUCAUAUGGCUCAAAUGGAGGAAAGCUGGCGGGAGAAAUCUCAGAACAUUCAAACGACUGUUCAAAAAAGAACCGAGUUGAUUUUGGGCCGUUUGGAUGAGAAAUAUUGUUUGGAAGAAGAGCAACUUCAUACCAAAAUCCAAACCUUGGAAAGACGGAUAGCUUCCCAAAACCAAGUCUUCACGGAACUAUCCAAGGAGUUGGAAGCCUCCAAGCUGAAAUUAGAGCAGGCGGAACGAUCUUUGGACACCGAGAGGCAAGACAAUGCGAAGCAUAGACAGGAGUCGUCCAAUUUGAACAAUAACCUAAGCCGCGCUGAAGCUCAACGAUGUCAUUUGGAAGAGCUGACAACGCGACUUGCGAAAGAAAAUUUCAAGUUGGAGGAGAGCAAAUCGAAAAUUGAUGCUGAUAAGAUGUCAUUGAAAAAUCAAUACGUCGCUUUAUCGGAAGAAUUGUGCCGCCAUCAAAACCUUCUUAACCGGGCAAACCAGGAUGCUGACAGCUUAAACGUGAGAUUACGAGAUCAAGAAUCGGUUAUUUGCGGACUCCAAGCUUGUGAAGCGGCCAACAAGUCCAGCAAUUUGGAGCUUGUCGUAUUGAAACAGCAAAUCGAUCAAAUUGAACAGAAGAACUUAGCGCUAGCAAACCAAAAGGCUUGCACCAAUUUACAUGUAUCCGAAUGUCACCUGAAGAUCGAGAACUUGGAAUCCAAACAAGAAGAAAUGAUGCACAUUUCGACUCAGGAUUCGGACUCAGCUAGGCAGUUGUAUCGCGAGACUCUAGUGCUAAAAGAGACAAUCCAAAAGGCCGGAGCCGACUUGGACGACAUGAGGCGAGAAAAUAGCUUGAUUCGAAAGGAUAUUUCUUCGAAGGAAGAUCAACUGCUUAUAGCAGCAGGAUCCGAAGCUCAACUCAAGGAAAAGGUAGAAGGACUCUUAGCGGGCGCCGAACAACUGGGAAACACCAACAAAGAACUUCAAAGUCGAUUAGACUGUACGCAAGAUAAAUGGGAAGACUCAAGGAGCCGAGAAAACGUGCUCACGGGUCAGGCUCAUGUUCUUCGGGAAAACUUGAACGAAGCUCACGCCACUCAAAAUGUUCUGAAUUACGAAAUUAAUAAGCUCCAGGAACAAGUUGCUGAUCUUGGCGUCAAAAAUUCUGAAGCCCAAAUGGCCGGAGAAUUGCGCCACUCGAUGGAAGCAAUCAACCGGCUCAAUGAAACAGUGAGCCAACAAAUACAAAAACGGGAAGAAUUCGACCAGCUUCAGAACGCGCGCCUGGAGAGUGAAAAGAGAUACAUAAGUAUGCUAGAGGAAUCUAAAGGCCUGAACGCCCUGGUGGAAAAACAUGAAAAAGAAGAAGCGAGCCUCCAAGAAAGCUUGAAGGCCACGAAAGAAGAACUCGAGCGUUCUAAGAUUGAAAUGAUGGAUCUCAAAACUUCACACGCUGCUCAAGUCUCCACUGCAGCGGAGAUACUUCAUGAAACGGAGAAACAAGCUUCGGAAUCACGAAAGCAAGCAGUCUACUUUCCAGGCGUCCGCGGCAAGGGAGAAGGCGGUGGCUACUUUAGAGCGCAAGUACGAAACUGCAACGAAAAGAAACGACUAGCAAAACAGCUAGGCGACAGCGAAAGUCGUUUACUGGCUAUCUCCGCAGAAUUGGCAAAAUCCAAAGGGAAACCUAGCUUAGAAGAAAUCUUCUCAAGUUCGGAGUACAACGAUCAAAUGUCGCGGCCCUCAGCUCCCAAGACAGACGAAUCUUCUUCGACAAGGAAACGCAGGGGGGAUGAUGAAAAGAAGCCUACGAAAGGGAAAAAAUCAAAGUCUAACUCGACUUUGACUAAGAAGAAGGCAUGA